AACAACAAUUUCAAUCCCUAGUUUGUUUUUUAUUCUAUUUCUAAAUGGCUUCUAAGGCAUUUGCAACAAGUUCCAUGUUCCUAUUUCUCAACCUUCUAUUCUUGAUCAAUUUGGUCAGCUCCGAAUAUGUCGCAUGCCCGCCUCCACCAAAACCGGUUUCUUGCCCUCCACCGCCUCCUCCAAAGCCGGUUUCUUGCCCUCCACCACCUUUUAUGAAGCCAAAACCUACUACUCCUUCUGGAAAAAAUAAGUGUCCAAAUGAUACCCUAAAGUUUGGGAUAUGUGAGGAUGCAUUGAAGGGAUUGUUGCAUCUUAAAGUGGGAAUCCCACCAAAGACUCCUUGUUGUAGCCUCAUUGAAGGGUUAGAUGACUUUGAGGCUGCUGUAUGUCUUUGUACUGCCAUUAAGGCUAAUGUGUUGGGCAAUAAUCUCAAUGUUCCUGUUUCAUUGACCCUUCUUUUGAAUUAUUGUGGUAAAGGUGUCCCUUCUGGUUUUCAGUGUUCUUAAUCUAUGUCUAUUGUCAUUUUGAAUUAAUGUAGAAAGGUUUCUUCUGGCUUUCCAUUGAUGCAAUAAAGUGUUGUUUGGUGGUGUUGGAGGAUAAAAACAGAGGAAAUGUUUGCAUUUUAAAUGAGGAAAAUGUAAUAUUGGAAUUGAAUUAUCUUCCUUUGUCUU